ACUGUUAGGUACUCUGAGAGUGGGAGUGAAGUCAAGCGAAAGCAAAAAUUAAUGUUGUAUGUCUCUCUCAUAGCCAAUUUGUAGUAAAAAUAAUAGAUUUAGUGUGUUCAAAUGACUGCGAAAUAAAUUCACGGGAAUUAUUAGGAAUGUGACAGUACAGACUCCUUUUAUAGUAAAAGUGAAAAAGAGCAGAGUGUCUGUGGCGGCUAUCUGGUGACGUUUCUCUCUGUACCUGUGCCUCGACCCUCGACCUUGCAAGGCCUAAAUUGAAAACAUGAUAGGAACCACACUGAUGGACAUUAAACAGCAAAACAUAGCUAACCUGUGUUGUCUCCGAUAGGACAAUUGUCCAACCUUCUAGACAGGUUAAUAAAUAACAGCUUCAAUCAUGUCUGCUAGUCAACUUUUGGAUUCAUGUGUCUUGGUCAAUAGGAGGGUGGAACAAAGGCGAGAACAUAGCAUCACACAUACAGAAAUUACCCAAAGGAGAAUAUUACAAGAACAGGGCCCCGAUAUGCAGCACUACAAAGGCCCAGAUGUUUCGAGUACUCUGAGCGACGGUGUGUAUCACCCACAUAGUAAUGGACAGUCGGAGCAUUCGCCAAAUUCGAGCCACAUGUCAGUACACAGCGACGAGCCACUAGUGAGGAAUCAGAAGCAACAGACGACUCAACAAGUGACGACUGUGACCAAAGUCGUACGAGAAGUACAGCAGUUAGACGAUCAAGCAGGAGAAUACAUUCCGGUUUCCUUGGGAUCAUAUUCCCAUCCUUCUCAAUACGUUGACUACAUUGAACAACCACCACAUCAUAUGUAUUCACAGUACCAUCAACACCCCCAUUACCAAGACUAUGACCACUAUCCGAACCCUUACGGUGCCUAUAUGGGCUACGCCGCUGGAGCUGAAAGACCCCCCACUCCACCUAGUCCUAGUGAACAUAGUGUUGACCCCUCUCCUCUGCCUCUAACGUCUCAGCCUAAUGCUGCCUACGUUGGUUCAGGUUACGAUGAACUGCCUGAACACUACAGGGUCACUCCGUCGCCCGGUGGACCAAUAGGUAUAGAUCCUUACCAAGAUGAUUCUGCCGUAGUGUAUGGUUAUGUUUCACCUUCUCCUUAUGGCACAGCGCCAAGUCUUUCUAGACCUUAUGUAGAUAGUAUUAAUGGACCUGUACCAGUAGGAGCCACCAUGAGAUUGUUUGAGGACGAGGAACUUCAAAAGCAUGUCAGUAAGAUGUCCCUGCAUGGUCACAAUGUUGGACUGACCCAUGAUAGGGCACAUAAUAUUGCUUCUCCUGGUAGUAUUGGCGGAGACGAAGAUCAAAGGGGCAUGCGUUGGCGUGAUCCCAAUCUUACUGAAGUCAUUGGAUUCCUCAACAACCCAAACAAUGUGAUUAAAGCCAAUGCGGCAGCCUAUUUACAACAUCUGUGUUAUAUGGAUGAUCCUAACAAACAAAAAACGAGAGCUCUAGGCGGCAUACCCCCGUUAGUUAAAUUAUUGUGUCAUGACAGUAUUGAGGUGUAUAGGAACUCUUGCGGAGCUUUAAGAAAUUUAUCUUAUGGCAGACAAAAUGACGAAAACAAAAGAGCCAUUAAAAACGCGGGCGGUAUUCCUGCUCUGAUCAAUUUAUUACGAAGAUCAAACGAGGCUGAAAUAAAGGAACUGGUCACCGGUGUCAUCUGGAACAUGUCAUCGUGUGAAGAUCUCAAGAGAAACAUAAUAGACGACGGAGUAAUAACCAUUGUUACUUUUAUUAUAAUUCCACAUUCCGGCUGGGAUUCACAAGGAAAUCACGGCGAGACUUGUUGGUCCACAGUAUUCAGAAACGCAUCUGGUGUGCUAAGAAAUGUCAGUUCUGCUGGAGAAUAUGCUAGAAAAAAAUUAAGAGAGUGUGAAGGUUUAGUUGAUGCAUUACUUUUUGUUGUACGCUGUGCCAUAGAUAAGUCAAAUAUAGGCAAUAAAAUUGUAGAGAAUUCUGUGUGCAUUCUACGUAAUCUGUCGUAUCGAUGUCAAGAGGUUGAGGAUCCAAACUAUGAUAAGAAUCCUUUACCAACUCAAACUAGGGUGGCCGCUACCUCAUCUAAAGGUGAAAAUUUGGGCUGCUUCGGUGGAAGUAAAAAGAAAAAAGACAGUCAGUCCUCAGACACGAAGGAAAACAAUUUUUCCGCAGGAGCCCCAGGCGGUAUGUCUAGCGCGAGUGCUAGAGGAGAUCCAGUUAGAGGGAUGGAGCUUCUCUGGCAACCAGAAGUAGUGCAAUCUUAUUUAGCUUUAUUGCAAAGCUGUUCCAAUCCAGAAACCCUAGAGGCGGCAGCUGGAGCCCUUCAAAAUUUGGCAGCUUGUUACUGGCAACCUAGUAUAGAGAUUCGGGCGGCAGUACGCAAGGAGAAAGGUCUCCCAAUAUUAGUGGAACUGCUACGUAUGGAGGUGGAUAGGGUGGUAUGUGCAGUGGCUACAGCACUUAGGAAUCUUGCCAUUGAUCAACGCAACAAAGAACUCAUAGGAAAGUACGCCAUGAGAGAUCUUGUCCAAAAACUUCCGUCAGGAAAUACACAGCACGAUCAAGGCACCUCUGACGACACCAUAGCUGCUGUCUUAGCCACCUUAAACGAAGUUAUUAAAAAGAACGCUGAAUUCUCCAGAUCUCUACUAGAGGCAGGAGGUGUAGAAAGACUGAUGACCAUUACAAGGCAACGACAGAAAUAUACUCCAAGGGUACUAAAAUUCGCUGGACAAGUCCUGUUUACGAUGUGGCAACACCAAGACUUGCGGGACGUUUACAAAAAGCACGGCUGGAAAGAACAAGAUUUUGUUACAAAAACAGUAGCUGCACGCAACGCUGGACCUAAUUCACCGAACAAUGCCAACAGUACUUUAAACCGCCCCAUGGCUUCACAAAGUGGAACAAGAUAUGAGGAUAGAACAAUGAAACGCACCACUGCGGGAAACAGGAGCGCUGGCGUCUUCCAAAGGAAUGACGACAUCCCCACAGCGGACAUGCCGUAUCCAGAUAACCCAGCCAUGGGUCGAUCGUACCCCCCCGGUCCAGGUCCAAAUCCGCCACCAGUGAGUCAUUAGGAAGGCAGGCGAAGUGCACACCCCUACACAUCCGUGUCAAUUGAUUGCGUUUGGUGAAGGCGUUGCUCAAAUUAGCAAUACGACGUCGAGUCUGCUGAACCGGCUGUUAAAUAAACUCAAAAUUAUUCUCGAUGAUCUAAAUCUCUGGUAACCCUCGUGUAAUUUCUCCAUAUUUAUAUUUGAGAAGGAAAUAUUAAACAUAGUCACUUCCUCACUCGCAUUUGCCUAUUAUUUAUCUAUGGUUAGCGAUGCAAAUCAUCGAAAACAUAUUAUAGGAACAGGCCUACAAACUACUUCCAAUUGUUCAGCAAUUCAACCAUUUAUAUUCAUAUUUUCUUCGUCAUUUACUGCGGUCUUUUAGAAAAUAUUUUAAAAAACGGUCAAAAAUUUAAUGAAUUCUAAAAUGUAUUUUACCAAGAACGUUUUUAGUUUCUAAAAUAGUGCAAGCAUAUAACACAUCUGAUAUGACUCCUUUCAAAAUUAAGUAAUCACUUAAUUUGAUAUUUUCUAGCCAAUUUCAAAAAUAUUUUGUCCCUAUUAAAGAAUGCUAAAUGAAUAAAUAAAUAUUGCAAUUGUUUGGUGUCCAAUAGAUCUUCUAGGUGUACCAGUAAAAGCUUCUAACUGAAAAAAGAAAGGAUAAACGCCAAAGAUACAGAAAUAUAUCGAAAUUUACAAGUAUUCAUCCACUAUUUUUUGAUAUAAUGCAAUUGGAUGAUUCAAACCGUUCCCGUAUACUAUUACAACAAAUAAAAUCGUUAUAACAUUGUCAGACGCCAUUAUUCAGUCAACAUUUAUCAUACCAUGCACAAUUAUCCCAAUGGUGGCACAAAAUGUUUUAUCCGAAGAAUUCUUGUUAACACUUCACGAUGUGAGAAUUAAGUCGGUAAUUCAAUUUUUUCGGCUGCCAAUGCCAUAUUUCUGGACUCAUAUAUGUAAUCAUAUUCUACAUGUCAUAUAAAACUUUUAACUUCGAUUUGCUAUGUUAACGUAAUUGUAUAUGGGUUGCUAUAAGUGUAAUUAAUUGUAUAGGACCUAUUUUUUCUGUUUGGCAUGUCGUGUGUAUAAUAGAUCUGGUUAAUCAGGAACUGAUCUGCAGUGUGCGAUUUUGAGGUAAUUGUGAUAAACUGACUAAUAGGAUUAUUUCCAACUCUUUAUAUUUGGAAAAAAUGUCACCACUCUAUAAUAUUUUGGAUUGUUUUCUUCUGUUGCUUUUUUAAUUGAAUCUCUCUAGUAUUUUUCUUAAAUUGUAAACACUCUCUCGGUUGUGUGUCACAUUCACUGUAGAUCUGAGCUCAUUCGCCAGAAAUGGUGCUUGUGCAAUCUAAAUAAGAAAGAAAGAAGUACCGGGUGUCCCAAUAAGAAUGGCUCUCGGCCAUAUCUCGGGAACCGUUUAUAGUACAGUUUUGAGAAAAAAAUAUUUAUAACAAAAGUUGGCUCGGGAAAAGCCUGGAAAUUUAUUUCAUAAUUAUAGGUCCACCGCUAGAGGGAGUAAUUGAAUAUAAAAAAUUAAAAAAUCAAAAUUUUACAAAAUUUACCUAAUGAAAGGGCACUGGAAAUCCAAUCAUCAUAUUCUUCAUAAAAUUCUGCGCAUAUUUGAUUUCACAAGAUUAAGUCUACCUUUGCAAAUAAGAGGUGGGGGUGAGUGGGAACCUUCUUAUGAAAAAAUGGCUGUAAGUCUGGUUCUGCUAAAUCGAAUUUUGCAUACUUGGUCUUGUUGAAAACAGCUCUUUUUCGUCAAUGUAAGUGUCUUAUUUUGGAAAUUGCCUAAUAAGUAAUAUGCAAGCUAGGAUUGCUAUAUUUAAUUAUUUUCAGAAAUCCAGUUUUCUUUGGAAAAUAUUAAAUACAAGUAUGCAUUUUUAAUCCUAUAUUACAAAAUUAGACCAAAUUAGCAACAUAAUACCGAAAACCGCAUGUCGAUACCUUUAUUUUAUCUCGAGAUAUCUGAAGAAAUGUGUGAAUUUUAAACAUAACUGUUACUGUCACCGGUAAACGAGGUUAAGGAAAAGUAGUGUGCCAUGGAAAAAACAAAUAAACAGUUUUCAGAUGUAAACGUAUAUAGUUAAUUAAAACAACACUAUAAAAUAUAACAAAGAAAUAAAAGCAACUACUUACUUAGCCUUAGUGACUGCCUAAAUGUUCAAAUUUUUGCCCAUCAUUUUCGAUGCAAGCAUUUACUCUUUAAAGAGUAGGUUGAAUAGCAACAGAUUUAACUGUUUUAGACUUUUAUUUAUGGGGACGGAUUAAAGACCUUGUUUUUGCCGCUAGGCCCACUACUCGAGAAAUCAUGAUCUAGAAUCUAGAGAAUACGAAACGCCAUUCAAAGCAUUGCGAAAGCAGAAAUUGAGACUGUUGUUCAAUCUACUCUUGAAAGAUUAAAUGCUUGCAUCGAAAAUGAUGGGCAACAAUUUGAACAUUUAGGUCGUCACUAAAUAGUUGUGUUUAUUUCUUUGUUAUAUUUUAUAGUGUUGUUUGUCUUAUUGUUGUGUGUAUUAAUUAUAUACGUUUAUAUAUUAUAUUUUCAAAAGUCACUUCUAAAUAUUUAAAUUGUAAAAAUUAUAGUGAAAAUGGAUAAAACACCUUCAAAAUAUCAUGAAAAUUCUUAUAGAAAACGAAGUCCUGCCAGAAGAAUCCCAUCCGAAGUUUUCGCAAUCCUUUGUUGAAUUGUAUUAGAGAUUUUUGUAGGUCCGAUAAACAAAAUUUAACGUUAACUGAAUUAGUGAAAAGAGGAGCCCAAAUUUAAAGACAGAUGAGCGAACAAGAAUGAACAAGACUAUAUUCGAUCCUUUUUUGUAAAUUUUAAGAUAAAUUCAUGUUGUUUUAUAAUCUAAAUUUAACCCUCACGCACAAGUUGUAGUCCAUGUGACUAACAACUUCAGUGAGAAACUGAGUUUAUUUAUUAUGUACUAGGUUGCUACAAAUAAACUCUAUUAUUAUAUCUGAAAAAUGUUUAUUUGUUUUUUCCAUAGCACACUACUUUUCCUUAACUUCGUUUACCGGUGACAUUAACAGUUGUUUAAAAUUUACACGCUUCUUAAGAUAUCUCGAGAUAGAAAAAAGGUAUCAGCAGGCGGUUUUCGGUAUUAUGUUGCUAAUUUGAUCUAAUUUUGUAAUACAGAAUUAAAAAUGCAUAAUUGUAUUUAAUAUUCUCCAAAGAAAACUAGGUUUCCGAAAAUAAUUUAAUAACGCCUACCAGCUGACAUAUUACUUAUUAGGUUAUUUCGAAAAUAAGACUCUUACAUUGACGAAAAAGAGCUGUUUUCAACCAGACCAAGUAUGCAAAAUUCGAUUUAGCAGAACCGGACUUUCAGCCAUUUUUUCAUAAGAAGGUUUCCACUCACCCCCACCUCUUAUUUGCAAAGGUAGACUUAAACCUGUGAAAUCAAAUAUGCGAAGAAUUUGAUGAAGAAUACGAUGAUAGGAUUUCCAGUGCCCUUUCAUUAGGUAAAUUUUGUAAAAUUUAGAUUUUUAAAUUUUUGAUAUUCAAUUACGCCCUCUAGCGGUGGACCUACAAUUAUGAAAAUAAUUUCCAGGCUUUUCCCGAGCCAACUUUUGUUAUAAAUAUUUUUUUCUCAAAGCUGUACUAUAAACGGUUCCUGAGAUAUGGCCGAGAGCCAUUCUUAUUGGGACAUCCGGUACAAAUCCUUUAUAGAUUUUAUGCAGAUUAGACCAUAUUACGAAUAAGCCAUUAUCAGUCUGAUAUCCAGCCCAAAUGAGGUGUUCCUCUAGCGAAUAUUCGGUGUUGCUCAGAUGCACACUUUAAAAUCUUGCGAAGCGGAACAGUCAGAUGGAAGAAUUUGGGAACUAUAUCGCCAUGUUUGAAAAUAAAGCUGAAAUAAUCACAUCUUAAUUUAGCUUUAAAUCCCUUGGGAUGAUGAAGAGGGAAAUAUCUCAACGUGAGCAUUGGUCGCGAUGGUAAUACCUCAUACCAAUAUAAAAAAUCAAUUAUGCCCUGCUGAAAGAUCAAAAUGUGCUUAGAAUAAGUCAGUUGAUACCAUUGAUUGAUCAGGUAUUAGCAAUGUAAUAAUUAUUAAAUGUUUUCAACAGUAAUGAAAAUAAUAAUUAUAUCAGUGGUCAAUGAAUGGGUCAAAUAAACUUUUGAAUGCCUUGUUGAUUAUUCAGAUGUCAUAAUUGUUCUUAUUAUAUUCUCAGUAUAAGGUGCUCGCAUCUCAGAGUUAUUGCUGUGUGAAAUACCAACUUUCUUGGACCACAUUUCUAGUCUUUUUAUAUAAUAUGUUUUCUAUGGUACAAUUAAGCAAUUUUGAGAUACGUGGUAAUACUGUUAAACGAAAGUAGGACAUGGUUCUAUUUGAAUAAUAUCACAUACAUAGCAUUGUCGUAGAAAGUUUUUUUGAAAACUAUCUUUUCUAGAUGCAGUGAAGAUUUUAUUGUUUAUCACCUGAGUAUUAGUUGUUCAUUAUAUUAUUUUUAAUAUUAUUGAAUUAUAUAUACACUUUUAUUAUA